AUGACUUCGUUCUCCUACUCCUCCGCCGUCAACUGCACCGUCCCGGCCGGCGCGCGCGAGCUGGGCUUCCUGUGCUGCAUGGACGCAGCGGGCACGUGGAUGGACGGUGGUUGGUGUGCGUUCCGCACGCCCGCGGCCGACCGGAACACCGCGCCAAUGCAGUCCCACCUCACUGCCUGGUCGCAAUGCCUGUCGCGCGGCGGAUGGGACGACCGGACGCUGGCGCGCCUCAUGGCCGAGGCGGGCCAGGGCUGCUUUGCGCCUCCAAGCUAUGUCGCUCCACCACGCGCGUGGUGGGACUCGGACGUGGUCGGGCCAGACGAGGAGCCGUCAGUCACGGAAGCGCUGCUCGAGAAGCCAGACGCGAAGAAGGACUAUUAG